AUGCACAACUCAAAAGCUGUUUCUACUCCAAUGUCAGUGUCCUCGAAAAUUUCAGCAUUUGAUGGAUCUUCAUUUGAGGAUCCACAUCUUUAUAGAAGUGUUGUGGGUAGCCUACAAUAUUUAUCUUUUACUCGACCCGACAUAUCUUUUGCUGUAAAUAAAGUUUGUCAAUACAUGCAUAAUCCAAAAAUUCCUCAUUGGCAAGCUGUCAAAAGAAUUCUUAGGUAUCUUAAACUUACUUCCAAUUUUGGCCUUUAUUUCUCCAAAUCAUCUCCUCUUACUCUCUCAGCUUUUUCUGAUGCGGACUGGGCUGGCUGCCCUGAUGAUAGAAAAUCCAUUGGAGGUUUUUGUAUAUUCUUUGGUAACAAUCUGGUUUCUUGGGGUUCCAAAAAGCAGCCAACCAUAGCCAGAUCUUCCACUGAGGCGGAAUACAAGGCAGUUGCCAACACUACUUGUGAGCUAGCAGAUAUCUUGACUAAACCAUUGUCUACUGCUCGCUUCAACUUAUUCCGUUCAAACAUCACCAUCUCCUUGGUGUCACUUGAAUUGAGGGGGGCUGUUAAGAAAAUUGAAGCAUCAAAAGAAUCUGCUGCACCACAAGAGAAUGGAGAUAGCACAACGUCUCACAGUAGGACCACAACCAUUUCAGAAAAGUCUAGAAGACUACAACAGAGCAAAAAAGCAUAUUUGGAAUACACAGAAAAUAGACUAGAAGGACAGAUGGCAGAAGAUCCAAGAGCCAUAGAAUAA